AUUUAUUAUAUGUUCAGAUGCUUUAUCUAAAUAAACCUUAGUUCGAAUGUCUAAAUCUACUAUCAAAUUUAAGAAGUUGUCGAUGUAUUCUUCUUUUUAAAAUCUUGAAGUAUUAUUGAUUUAAGUUGCAUGGACUUUUCAUUUUUAAUGUCACACCCAUGUCGGAUUCUUCAAAAAUACACUAAUUUUGAUUAAUCCGACAUGCACCCAUUGACAUUUUUAACUAGUCCAAGCAACAUAGUUAUUGAUGCUAUAUUGUACACCAAACACCGUGUGAAGCUCCAGACAUGGGGACACCAUAUUUAGUGAAAUUGACAAUGAGUUCUAUGACAGCCACAAAAAUCAUAGCCUGAUAUUUGCUACAGCUACUCUGAACAAUAGCCACAUUUGCCCAACCACACCACGACUAAAAGUUUGGUGCACUAAAACUCGUGCUAUCUGCGGGAAAUGAAGAAUGGCCGGACGACAUGGAUCUAUUGUACACCAAGACUAAUAAAAACCCCAAAUUUAUCACUCCAGAGAAAGAUUCAAGAAAAUAUAGAGUGAAAAAAAAAGAAGCAAAAUGGAGAAGAUAGAGCACAAAAUGGUAGCUGUAAAUGGCAUAAAUAUGCAUGUAGCAGAAUUAGGCCAAGGUCCAACAAUCCUCUUCUUACAUGGCUUCCCUGAGCUCUGGUACUCAUGGCGCUACCAAAUCGUCUACUUAGCCGAACAUGGCUAUCGUGCUGUGGCGCCUGACUUGAGGGGUUAUGGAGAUACUACAGGUGCACCCCUUAAUGAUCCUUCAAAGUUCAGUAUCUUUCACCAUGUGGGUGAUCUUGUAGCACUGAUUGAAGCCAUAGCUCCAAAUGAAGAUAAUGUUUUUGUUGUUGGACAUGACUGGGGUGCCACAAUUGCUUGGCAUUUAUGCCUUUUUAGGCCAGAUAAAGUUAAAGCCUUGGUGAAUUUGAGUGUCCAUUUUCCCAGAAGGAACCCACAGAUGAAUACUGUUGAGAGGGGAAAGGCUUUCUAUGGGGAAGAUUAUUAUAUUUGCAGAUUUCAGGUACCAGGAGAUAUUGAGGCUGAAUUUGCUCCAAUUGGUGCUAAGUCUAUUCUUAAGAAAAUUUUGACCUACCGUCAUCCUGGACCACUUUAUUUUCCAAAAGGCAAAGGUCUUGAGGCUAUCCCUGAUGCUCCAAUUGCCCUUUCAUCUUGGCUGUCUGAGGAAGAGUUGGAUUACUAUGCCAGCAAGUUUGAGCAGACUGGCUUCACUGGGGGAGUUAACUAUUACCGAGCUUUGCCCAUAAACUGGGAACUCACAGCACCAUGGAAAGGUGCUCAAGUUAAAGUUCCAACCAAAUUUGUCGUCGGGGAAUUCGACUUGGUCUAUCAUAUGCCAGGUGUUAAAGAGUACAUACAUAAUGGUGAAUUUAAAAAAGAUGUCCCAUUGUUGGAGGAAGUUGUGGUUUUGGAAGGUGCAGCUCACUUUUUCAACCAAGAAAGGCCGGAUGAGAUUAACAAGCACAUCUAUGACUUCAUUCAGAAGUUCUAAACUUUCUCUUUCCUUUGAAUUUGCUGGAGAAAUAUGACCUCAUUAAUGAAGAAAGGAAUAGUAAUCUAGACUUUGCGGAAAGAAGCCAAAAUAAAUUAGUCCGCAGUAUUUUGUGUAAGCAGCAUCUGUUUGUUGUCGUAAUCUGGCUUGUACCUAAGUUUGAAUUUGGAACAUUUUGAUAGUAAGGUUUUACUCUUCCAUUACAAA